AUGCCCGUCACGCCGCCGUACAUCGUCAUCGCGGCGACGUUCUUCUACGCGCUCAUCUUCACGAUCGGCGUCGUCGGCAACUCGCUCGUCUGCUUCGUCGUGUCGCGCAACAAGGACAUGAAGAACUCGACCAACUUCUUCCUCGUCAACCUCAGCAUCGCAGACAUGGCCGUCAUCGUCAUCUGCAUGCCCAGCUCGAUGGCGGACAUCUACUCGAAGGAGGUCUGGUAUUUCGGCUACGUCAUGUGUAAGAUCGUGCCGUUCCUGGAGAACACGGUCGCCGCCGGCUCCGUCUUCACGAUCCUCGCCAUCAGCCUCGAACGCUGGUACGCCAUCCGCUGGCCGCUGAAGGCGCAGUACACGUGCACGCGCAUGCGGACGCUCAAGGCGAUCGCCGUCAUCUGGGUGGCGGCGUCGUCGCUGUGCGUACCCUUCGCGCUCGUGACGGACUACAGUGACACGGAGUACGCCGACGGCAGCACGGUGAAGACGUGCGUGACUUCAUUCCAGCGCAACUGGGAGCGCGGCUACUUCAUCUUCGUCUGGUGCCUCUGCCUGCCGUUCCCUCUGGCGGCGCUCAUCGUGCUCUACUCGAUGAUCAGCCGAACGCUGAUGAGCGACGGCGCGGUCGUCGGCACGAAGAACGACCCCUGCUCGGAGUUCAAUCACCGCGCGCGCCGCCAGGUGGUGCUCAUGCUCUUCGCCGUCGUCAUCUGCUUCUUCCUGUGCCUGCUGCCGUUCCGCGUCGUCUCGCUGUGGCUCGUCUACGCGUCGCCGGCCGACAUCAAGGCGAUUGGGCUCGAGACGUAUCUCAACAUCAUGUGCUUCGUGCGCGUCAUGUUCUUUCUGAACAGCAGCAUCAAUCCGAUCGUCUACAACGUCAUGUCGACGAAAUUUCGCAAGGCGUUCGCCUUCGUGCUGCGCUCGUCGCUGCGCUGCCGACGCGCUCCGCCGAGAAGCGGCGCGCGCACGUGGCAGUUCAACAGUAGCUGCGGCGGCAACAACAGCAGCAUGCGCAGCACGGUGAUGCGAUACCCAACAGCGCAGACGUUCACCAACCACCACUACGCAUAUAGUGCCAAGCUGAAUUUGUUCCGUAACGAAAUCAUUGCGUGGGAGGUCAUGCAGCAGAGCGGGCAAGCUACGCUGUAA